AUACUCCUUAGUCAGUAAUACAUUGACAAUCAGUUAGAGCAGAGUGUCAUUCAGUUGUCUUGUGUUAUUAUUCUGUGACUUUUGUGUUAGUGUCAAAGUUUUGUUGACAAAAUAAUAUGGAUGACCAAUCACUGUCCCGGACCAUGGGGUCUGUGGUGCUCCAAGUCGGCGCUCUGGAGCUUCUUGCAAGGUAUUCCAUGAACUCCGGGAGAGCUACCAGCCUUCUGUCAUCUCUGCAUGAGUUCAGAACACAAGAGAUGGAACAAGUUGGUGGAAAACAAUGGAACUGGAAGUAUUUGAGGGAUCAAUUUGACCAAAAAGAUUUAGAAGGACUCUAUAGAAAAUAUGAUGACAAACUAAGAGAAACACUAAUAUUUAUUUAUUUAACUUUAUUAGUAUUAUUUUCAACCACACACGUGAUUUUAGUGGUGACAAGUACAUUUUCUGAGGUUUCGACGGACGCCGAAAAUUUAGCGAAAUUAUCAUCACACGCGGUUUUCUUACAGCAAAUACAGUCAACAUCAACAUAUAUGACUAUGGGCAUGUACUUACUAAGGAUAGGCAUACCGAUAUUAACGUUGUGGAAAACGUGUUACUAUCCAAUGAAAAAAAAAUGCUUUUGGAUGCCAAUUCUUGUGACAUUUGUUGUCACUUUGGACCUUGUUAUCACAGACAUCGCAGUGAGUAUCUACAGUUCCUUCGAGGGUAUUUCGCUAAGGCCGGCCUACGCAACCAUGGCUUUACUCUCAAACUACAUCUUCCUACCAAUGAGGAACAACUUCCUGGCAAUCAUACUUGGCUUCCUCGUCAGCAUCAUCUACGUACUGAUAUUUGCCUUCUUCACUUACGACCAGGAUCCUCAAAUUGCUAUAGUGGUAGCGUCAGACGUCAUCUACCUGGUCGGAGUCAAUCUGAUGGGUGUAUAUUUUCGUCUAAUGAAUGAAAUAGUCACAAGGCGAUCCUUUCUGGACAGGAGAGCCUGUGUUGAGAGUACUCUUAGACUGAAAUUUGUCAAAGAUCAGGAGGAACGUCUAAUGAUGAGUAUCUUACCAGAGCACAUUGUCUCCAAAGUACGCCAAGACAUCAGAAACAUGUUCAUGGGCCUCAAAACACGUUCACUUAGUCAGAAUAUGAAAUCUUUCAACCAGCUUUACGUGGAAGAACACGAUAAUGUGAGUAUUUUAUACGCGGACGUUGUCAACUACACGAUGAUAUCCACCACAUUGGCUCCAAUGAGGAUGGUGGAACUCUUGAACGAGCUGUUCGGAAGAUUCGAUGAAGCUUCUGAGGAAUAUGAUGUUCUAAGAAUAAAGUUCUUAGGUGACUGUUACUACUGUGUCAGCGGAAUCCCGAAGCCUACGGACCAGCACGCCAAGAAUUGCGUUGACCUUGGCUUGGAGAUGAUCCACAUUAUCAAAGACGUGAGAGAAAAGCGUUCAUUAAACAUUGAUAUGAGGAUAGGAGUCCAUUCUGGGAAGAUCCUUAGUGGAUUGAUUGGCAUAAGAAAAUGGCAGUUUGACGUUUGGUCGAAGGAUGUUACAAUAGCUAACAAAAUGGAAUCCACUGGCAAGGCAGGAAAAGUGCACGUGACGAAACAAACUCUCGAAUUACUGCUGGAUUACGCUAGAGAAUAUAUCAUUGAACCAAAUUUUGAAUCUCAGAAUGACCCUUUCAUUGUUAAAAAUAAACUGGAAACCUAUCUGCUAUCGAGACCAGCAAGGGCUCUUGAAUAUAGACCGUUUCGUCGAGCAUCUGUAGGCUUUAACAAGAUAAUACCAAAAACAAACACGUCCACUAGACGAGCGGAAAAGAGGAACACAAAUAGUGUUCGUAGGACCACAACUUUUAUGGAUGAGAAUUUAGUUGAGUAUCAACAAAUGUUGAAAGCUGCUGAUGCUCAAAUGGCAAAAGAGAUUGAAGAUAUGACACAUGGCAGAGAACAUUUUCGGAACGAAUCUAAACUAAACAGGUUUACGUUGAUGUUCAAGAACUGCCAAAUGGAGAAGCAAUUCUUGUUGCUACCAGACCCAUUGUUCAAAUAUUACAUGACUUGCUGCUUGAUCAUCUUCUUACUGAUGUUCUUGAUAAAUGGUCUAACUACAAGAUGGUUUGAAGGUUUCAAAUGGUAUGCCUGGGUCUUGCUUGGCGGUCUUCUUCUUACCCUUGUAUUACUACAGCCCCUAACUUGGUUUCAAUUUUUCUGGAGUAAAUACAAUAGUUACGAAGAACCCCGAAACAAAUUCCUGCGCUGGGUCUACGAUAUUUCUACUAAGAUCAUAAAAUCAGCUCAUAUAAGGACUGCGAUUUACUUAAUGAUAAGUAUUGGACUUGCUGCUACUUCUGUGGUGAAUGUGAUUGCGUGCAGAGAAGUUCAAGUGCCUGCAGCUGAGAGUGUCCUCUCAAAUUGUAUAUCUUCGUGGCAUGUGACUCAGUGUUGGGGCUUGGCCUUGCUCUUGAACUUUCUGUUCAGCAGGGUUUUCUUUAUUUUCAAAUGGAUCAUCGCUGCCGUCAUGACCUUCUUCUAUUUGUGGAUUGUAUGGGAGAUUAAAACCUCUCUUUUUAUCAAUGACGUCACCUGGAAUGUAGGAUUGGAUCCCAGAAUAUCUCACACUUUAGCUGUUGUUAUCAUAACGGUUACACUGUACUGGAUUGAUAGAACUACUGAAUUCCGGAACAGAUUGGAUCACCUGUGGCAGCUACAAUUGAGUGAAGAACAAAAUGAAGCAGAGACUAUGUUGAAAGUAAAUAACAUGCUUCUAGAAAACAUUUUACCAGCUCAUGUGGUUCAAGUUUACCUGAACUUAAACAGAUCAUUGGAUGAAUUGUAUUACGAAAAGUAUGACAACGUGGCAGUAAUGUUUGCGUCGUUAACUGAUUACAAACUUGGCAUAGAAGGCGAUGCAGAUAUGAGUGAUAAAUUUCUAUUGAGUAUCCUGGAUGAGAUCAUUUCUGAUUUUGAUAGAUUGCUGCUUACAGGAGCUUCCGAGUAUAAAGUGGAAAAGAUUAAAAUGGCUGGAUGGACUUACAUGGCCGCUUGUGGUUUAGACCCAAAUAGAAGAGAAUCUAAAGACUCAUUUCCUUAUGGACCAGGUUCUUUAGAAACACCUCCGACUAGAGUACGGCAAAAUAGUCCCUACGGUCGUGCAGUAGUGUUAACCAUGGUAGAAUUUGCUGCAGCAAUGAUGAUGCAAUUACAAAACUUCAACAGAGGAUCAUUUCAAAGCUUUGAAGGAUUGAACUUACGCAUUGGUAUGUCAAACGGUGAAGUAGCUGCUGGUGUAGUGGGUUCACAAAAGCCACUAUACGACAUUUGGGGGCAUGCAGUAAACAUGGCGUCAAGAAUGGAUUCCACUGGUGAAUCUGGUAAAAUACAGGUGACAGAAAACACGGCUAUUAUUUUGGACGAAUGCGACAUCCUCACCACUUGUCGCGGAGAAACCUUCGUAAAAGGCGCUGGCUACGUAAAAACUUAUUUCGUUCCUCUAGACGAAAACUUCAACCUGAUCAAGAAGAAGAAUAGUAUGGACUUUUAUAGAAUUGAAGAUAGGAGUCGAUACUUCGCUGUGAAGGCUCAUAGAUUUAGUAAUACAUCGGACGAUAUGAAAAGAUACUCUACUUUUGACAUACGAAGGUUGUCUUUGGCUAGUGACUGCACUGAAAGCAGUGUAGACACUGAGCUAGUUAGAGCACCCACCCCAACAGAGGAGACAGAUAUUAAUAGUGUGUCGUCAGAAGUUAAAGAAACACGUUGCUGACGAAUAAUUUAAUUUAGACAUUAAGUUAGAUAGUUUUGUUCCGUUCUCAAAUAAUUUCAUCUGAUUUGUACCAAGAUUACAAACACAAGCCCUAUCUUGAUCGGAAAAUUAUUGAUAUUCAAACGUCUUGUAGUGUUCUAUUUAUUUUAAGUAAAAUAUUAAUAAUUUUAACAAUGUUGAUAUUUAAGGUAACUGUUAAGAAUUUUAGUUUUAAUUUAUGCCAUAUUUGCUUUUAGACAGAUUAUGUAUAUGUACAUAUUAUAUUGUUAAUCUCAGUUAGUCUUGCCUAGAUUGCACGAAGUUUAUUUUUAAAUGUUAAUAAACGCUGGAACUGAAAACAUCAGCAUAAUUUACAUUUCCCAUGCAAUGAUGUAUAUAUACUGGACUUUGUUAUAGGAUUGAGAUACAUAUCAUAUUUUAUCUGUUAGAUAAUACCAGUACCUGUAAACUACCGUUAAUUAUUUUAAUAACUUCAACCACCGCAGUAGCAAUACCUCAACAAAUAAAAAUAAACAGCUAUAUCAAGUAAUCAAAGUAUUUCAUUAAACUAUUCCUAUCUUAUCUGUUAAUUACAUAAAUCUCAUCGUCCAUAAUCUAUGUCUGAACUUAAUGUUUGUAGCCGAAUGACGUAUGUUGAACAUUUUUUAUCUAUAUCAACUCUUCUAAA